CUUCAACGUGCUUCGAGGACGAGCGAGCGAUGGCGCAGACGGAGCUCGCCCUGCCCAUUGGCCGAUUGCAGCGCUCGGGUCUCACGGUGCUGCUGCUAUUUCUGGUGAAUGUCGCGUGUGGCGCCGAUGCUCUCCGAAGGCCUCCAUCGGUGCUGCUGCUGUUUCUGGUAAAUAUCGCGUGUGGCGCCGAGGCUCUCCUAAGGCCUCCAUCGUUGCGAUCUCGGCGUCGGCCUGCGCAGAUCCGUCUGGGAGGGGCGACGUGGACGUGGACAUUCCAGCAGAAGUUUCUGCUGCGAGCCCAGGAAUGGGGCCGUCGCCCGCUAGUUUUCCGAUGAAUACCGCAAAUAGCCUACCGCUCCCUCGUCCGGGGCGCAUGCCAGGGACUAGGGAGCGGUAGGCUAUUUUUGUAAACUCUUUGUACAUACUCUAGUCGCCGCUACCCGAUCUGUGUGUAUAUAAUGGAUUCUGGUCUAACACAGAAGCAUUUGUACGUUGGUGGCUGAAGUACGUGGGUGGCUGAAGGAGAUACUCGUCAGAUACUAGGGUAGCAAUGAACAGUUUUCGUCAUGGGAGUGUACAGUUGCUGUUUGUUAUCGCUGUGGCUGCAAUUUUUGUGGACGACGUAGCCCAGAGUCAGUACUCGGGGCUACGUUUACUUACCAAUGCAAAGGAGAAAGGAGCAGUUUGCAUAGAUGGAUCUGCACCGGGGUACUAUUUUUCUCCUGGAUUCGGCGGCGGAGUUCAAAACUGGAUGAUUUACGUCGAGGGAGGUGGAUGGUGCAGAAGUAUCAAUGAAUGUGCCAACCGAGCCAACACGUACCUCGGGUCGACUAACCAUUCCCCGCCGAGAGAAAUCCUACCGAACACGGGCAUCCUCAGUCACAACGCUGGCGUGAAUCCCGACUUCUACAACUGGAAUAUCGCAUGGAUAAGAUACUGCGAUGGAUCUUCGUUUGUUGGUGAUAGAGACGAGCCUGUUGUAGUCUCCAAGAAUUUAACCAUCUACUUAAGAGGCCAGAGAGUUUGGGACGCGAUAAUGGAAGACCUGAUGGACAUCGGCAUGGCUAAAGCUGAAAAGGCUCUACUCAUAGGAUGCUCAGCCGGGGGUCUAACAGCGAUUCUUCAUUGCGAUUCCUUCAAAGCUCUUUUCCCUGGAAAUUCCGUCGUCAAGUGUAUGGCAGAUGCCGGCUUCUUUCUAGACACUCCAGAUGUCAGCGGCGGUCUCACAUCGCUCGAGCUUUUCCGUGGCGUUGCCCUCACACAUAACGUAAUGCCUGCCUUGGAUAAACGUUGCACAUCCUCGAGACCAGCAUCUUCGGCAUGGGACUGCUUUUUUGCUCAAAACGCUUUACCAUACGUCAACACGCCAUUAUAUAUACUUCAAUCAGACCUGGAUAUCUAUCAGAUUGGAAACCUCGUCGCUCCGAAGUCGGCAGAUCCUACGGGCACAUGGACGAGAUGCACACAAGACCUUGGAAGUUGCUCCUCCAAGCAGCUUGGAGUGCUUGAAGAAUUCAGAAUCAGAAUGGUCAGGGCUUUGGAAGCUGCAGAUUCUGCUGUGCGUGGAGAAUUCGUGAUAUCCUGCUAUGCUCAUUGCAUGGCAACAGACACUGCUAGAUGGAACGGCCAUCAAACCUUCUUGAUCAAUGGAAAGACAAUUGCGCAGAGCGUAGGAGACUGGUACAAUGCGAGAAAUGUGAAUGACUUCGUGCUAGUCGACGGACCGUAUCCGUCAAAUCCGACAUGCUCAGGAAGGACAACACACUCUGAAGAAACAGACUUUGCCGAACAUUUAGUGGUUACUCAGGACUGAGCUGGUCUAUCGUAGUUUCAAUGCACAUGGUUUUUGCCAAAUAAACUGGAACGCAAGUUAUCAGGAAGUGGGCGACAAGAUAAGCAAGUAGAAACAGACAGGUAUAAGCUCAGUCAUGGAAACUAAACGUUCCCCUUUACGAUGCAAUAACUACUUCAGGAUUGGAUAAUAGACAGUACAGUUGUUAGCAUUCAGGAGACAACGUGGAAGUAGACUUAAGAAACCAGAGAUCCAGUUGCCACUAGUAGCAAUGGGAAGCAUACACAUGAAACCAAACAUGAUAUACUCUGA